AUGAGUGCCACAACAACAAUGACCAUGCCUGCGGAGAUUACGGCAAGCAACGUGGCCACGAUCUUCCCCGAUGUGGACACCUCUCUGGCUCGUGAUAUUCUUCCCUCAGCGACCAGUAACGGGGCUGCCCAGAGUCCUGACCUGGACGGGUACGAUGACGAGCAAGUUCGACUGAUGGAAGAGGUAUGCAUUGUGUUGGAUAACGAGGAUCGGCCGAUUGGCAGUGCCAGCAAGAAGACCUGUCACCUCAUGACCAACAUCGACAAGGGCCUUCUCCACCGUGCCUUUUCCGUCUUUCUGUUCGACUCCAAGAAGCGCCUUCUCCUGCAGCAACGUGCCUCCGAGAAGAUCACCUUCCCCGACAUGUGGACCAACACCUGUUGCUCUCAUCCCCUGGGGAUCCCGGGUGAGACUGGUGCGGAGCUUGAUGCGGCCGUCAUGGGUGUCAAGCGUGCGGCUCAACGCAAGCUGGACCAGGAGCUAGGUAUCAAGGCAGAGCAAGUACCAUUGGAGAAGUUUGAAUUUUUCACUCGGAUUCACUACAAAGCUCCCAGCGACGGCAAGUGGGGAGAGCAUGAAAUUGACUAUAUCUUGUUCAUUCAAACGGAUGUCGAUCUGGACCCCAACCCGAACGAGGUGCGGGACACCAAAUACGUUUCGGCAGAGGACCUGCAGGCCAUGUUCAAGCAGCCCGACCUCACCUUCACACCGUGGUUCAAGUUGAUUUGCAACUCGAUGCUGUUCGAGUGGUGGGGUCAUCUGGGUACCCCGGCCCUGGAUAAGUACAAAGGCGAAACCCAAAUUCGCCGCAUGUGA